AUGAACAUUGAUCCUACAGACUACGUUGAAAGUGACAGUGUGCUUAGAUUCAGCGACACAAAGCUCCAAGCUCAUUUCGAGUUAGGGGUUUGUAUGGCGAUUUACAAAUGGGAAGAAUUGGCCACUGCCGUUGACAAUUCAUGGGGUGGACCUAAUAGUGCCGAUAAGAGAGAUUGGAUUUCGGGGAUCAUCAUUGAACUUUUCAGUGAAUCUAAGAUCGUAGAUAUUCAAUUAAUAGAGGAAACUCUAUUAUAUGCCAUGGUAGAUGAGUUUGAUACAGAAAUCGACAAUGACUCAGCUUUAGAGAUUGCAGCUUUGAUCAUGAAGUUCUUUAAAGAUGUUUCUGUUGGAAAGUUUGACGACAUAGAUGCUUUAUAUGGUAGAUGGAAGGAAAGACAAGCCAAUAGAGUGUUUAACAGAGUUCAAGUUAUAUCUGAUCCAAAUAAUCCUAGUGAUGAUGAAGAUGACGAAGAAGAAGAAGUUCACUCACAUACCCAUGAACACGAUGAAAUGAACGUUGAUGAACCCAACGAGCCUGUUGUAGAUGAUGAUGGGUUUACUUUGGUACAAAAGAGAAGAAGGUAA